GUUUGACGGCCACGCUGCAGCAGGCUGUGACGCCAGCGUACGUUGCCCACGAGCCUCAGUCCCAGUAUGGCGCGAUCCCUGGCCGAGGCACGGACAUGGCGUCGCACGUGUUGCAUUCGAUCAUUGAUUACGACUGCGCAGCGAACCUUUCUAUUUUCGUGUUGUACGUUGAUCUUACGAAG